AUGUUCAGAUUGCAACUACUCCAACCGGUGCUUAAACGGUCAUUCGCAACCACAAAGCCACUCACGUCACUGCUCAAAUCUUUCCCAACAUUUUCAAUCUCAAUCCCCACCACCACCACCACCACCAAAACACUUUCCGUAGCCGACACGUUCCACAACAGCCAAAGCCAUAGACAGCAUUCGCCAUUCAAGAUCCUCGCUAGCGCACUCGGCGCAUCCCUCUUCUUCUACACCGUCUCGUCCCCCUUGUUCAACGAUGCCGCCGCCUUGACGCCCGGCGAGCAGAUCCAAAGACAAUCCAAGGUCGUGUUUCCACACCACGCGCCCACAGUAUCGGAAUCCCACCUCAACAACAAGUUGAACUAUAAGGAGCUCACCCUCGGCUCAGUCACGGGGCUCUUCAUCGGCAUAAUCUUGGGCAAAUUGUCGCAGGUGUUUCUAUUUGUCUCGUUGAGCUCCUUCUUCUUGUUGGAGUUUUUGGAAAACAGAGGCAUCAUCAAUAUCCCUUGGAACUAUAUCGUCACUCUCGGCAAGGACAAGAUCGAUGUCAAAAAGUUGAUUUUCGAAAAGCCCAGUUUUUACAUUAGUUUCGUCUUGAGCUUGAUCGUCGCCGCCUACAACGUCUAA